UCUCGUAGAUUAGCUCUUUUCCUAGCCGAGUUGUUGUUUUCAUGCGCCACAGCACACGACCCCGCGCGCCAUCUUCGUCCCGGCGCCUGCAGCAGCCCGAGAGCUUUUGAACCCCGAGUCCGACGCCUGAGGGCGAGAUGAAAACGCCGGCUUCCCGAGCCGCCUGGACCUGCGAUCGCUUCUGGCAGCCUGAGCCGGCCCUCCUGCCCCCGGGGUGACCCGGACGCCCAGCCGCCCAGAGAGAUGGCCCCAAACCAAAUAGCACGUCAGGCCAACCCCUGGAGGGAUGCUCACCCCUUCUUCCUCCUGUCGCCACUGAUGGGUCUCCUCAGCCGGGCCUGGAGCCGCCUGAGGGGCCCAGGACCUGCAGAGCCCUGGCUGGUGGAAGCAGUAGCAGGAGCUGACCGGGUGGAAGGCGGCCUGGAGAGAGAAGCUAAGACUGCUUUGGCCACCCACCCUGCCCCCUGGGACAGGCACCCGCAGGAGAAGACAGAAGGCAGUGGUGCCGCUGAGGACGACGGAGAAGCAGGCUGGGAGGCCUGCCCUGACCUAAAAGCCUCCAAUUCUCUUCUUGAAGCCUGUGGGCUUUCUGAUGAUGGUGGUGAAGCGUGUGGGGAGGAAGAGGCAACCUGUGUUGCUAGAAAGCAGAGAAGUAAACUUACAGAUGGCCGGCCUGCUCUUCCAUCUCCCAGCCUUCUGGUGGGAACCCUGCAAUAUCCUCCUGGGGAGGAGGAAUCUGAGGAAAAGGAGGAAACAACUGGAGACGCUGGCAUUGCUGAAGACAAAGAAAUGGCCAAGGCCUUUUUUUAUCCUCCAUCACCAGGCCCCAGGCCCUGGGAAUGUUACCCAGGGGUGGAGGAAGAAGAGCCUGAGGAUGGAGAAGCUGCUGGAACCUCUACUUUCCUCUUCUCUUUGGGCUCCAAGCCCAGGGCUUGGGUAUAUUGUCCACAGGAGAUAAAAGAGGAGGAGAAAGAUGAAAAGGAUCGGGACACUGAAGAAGUAAAAACUGAGAACAGAGACGGCACAAAGACCUCCAUUUCCCAUGCAUCUUCAGAGCCUAACCCCAGGGCCAGGGAGUACUGUUCAGGAGAGGAAUCCAAGGAGGAGAAGGAUGAAAAGGUAAAUGAAGCAGCUGAGAUAGGAUCCAUCGACUCAGAGCCACACUCCGCCAUGCUAGUCCAGAGGUCCUUGCUCAGGGCCUGGGAGUAUCAACCCAGUGAGAACACAGAGGAAGAAGGUGAAGGAGAAGAUGAGGACAGUGCUUCAGGGGCAGCUGAGGAGGAGGGAGCAGCUGAGGCGUCCUCUUCCAUCCCACCCACAAGUGCCUUCCUGAGGGCCUGGGUAUGUCACCCAGGUGAGGACACAGAGGAGGAAGAAGAUGAAGGAGAGCAUGAGGACGAUGCUUCAGGGGCAGCCGAGGAAGAGGGAGAAGCUGAGGAAGGAGCAGCCAAGGCGUCCUCUUCCGUCCCAUCCAAGAGUGCCUUCCUGAGGACCUGGGUGUAUCAACCAGGAGAGGACACAGAGGAGGAGGAAGAUGAAGACGAUGAGGACAGUGCUUCAGGGACAGCUGAGGAAGAGGAAGCAGCCGAGGCUUUCUCUUCCAUCCCACCCUCAAGUGCCUUUCUGAGGGCCUGGGUGUAUCAACCAGGAGAGGACACAGAGGAGGAGGAAGAGGAGGAAGAUGAGGGCAGUGAUUUGGAAGCAGCUGAGGAAGGGGGAACCACUGAGACUUCUUCUUCCAUCCCACCCAAGAAUCCCUUCCUGAGGGCCUGGGUAUAUCACCCAGGAGAGGACACAGAGGAGGAGGAAGAGGAGGAAGAUGAUGGCAGUGAUUCAGGAGCAGCUGAGGCUUCCUCUUCAGGCCCACCCAUGAGUGCCUUCCUGAGGGCAUGGGUGUAUGACCCAGGAGAGGACACAGAGGAUGAGGAGCAUGAGGAUAAAGGGGAUGACUAUGAUUCGGAAGCAGCUGACUCAGAGCCGCGUCCCUCCCUUCAAGCCCAGACAACCUCCUUCGGUUCCUGGAUAUAUCAACCUGGAGAGGACACUGAGGAAGAGGGAGAGACUGAGCCCCGCCCCUUCCAGGUGGCCAUCUAUUUGCCUGGAGAAAAGCCACCACCUCCCUGGGCUCCUCCUAGGCUGCCCCUCCGACUGCAAAGGCGCCUCAAGUCCUUAGAAACUCCCACCAAGGAUCCGGAACCUGAGACCUCCCUAAAGGCCAGAAAGGUGCGGUUCUCCGAGAAGGUCUCCGUCCACAUCCUGGCUGUCUGGGCGGGGCCGGCCCGCGCCACCCGCCGGGGCCCCUGGGAACAGUUCGCCCGGGAUCGCAGCCGCUUCGCCCGCCGCAUCGCCCGCGCCCAGGAGGAGCUGGGCGCCUGCCUCACUCCUGCUGCCCGGGCCAGGGCCUGGGCACGCCUCGGGAGCCCACCCACUUCCCUGUCCCCACUACCUGCCCCGACCCAGACCGAGCCGUCCGUCUCCGCCCCUUCUACGGUCCCGAGCCAGGCCACGCCCUUGAGCCCGGCUGUGGUCGCGCUCUCUCCCGCCCCUGCCUGUGUGCCGGCGCCUCCUUGCCUGGACCUCAGUGGGAGGCGUGGCUAAGACCAAGUAGUUGGCUGUUAAUAACUAUUUUUUUUUACAUGUUGGUUUAUUUAUGGAAUAAAGCCUUUUGAUUUUUAACAAACAA